UAUUCACUUUUCACAUCACUAGGCGGCGAUUUAGUUUCGUCUUCACAUAAACAAUUAUUCAGUGUAUUCAAAUUAAGUGAAAAUGCAAAGUCGUAUAUAUGUUGGAAACCUGCCCCCAGAUAUAAGAACAAAGGACAUUCAGGAUUUGUUCUGCCGCUUUGGAGACAUCAAUUUUGUGGAUCUGAAAAACCGGCGUGGUCCACCAUUUGCUUUUGUAGAAUUUCACGAUGCAAGAGAUGCUGAAGACGCAGUGAAAGCUCGUGAUGGAUACGAUUAUGAUGGUUACCGACUGAGGGUUGAAUUUCCUCGGGGAGCUGGUCCUGGAAGUAGUUAUCGUUCUCGUGGUAACAACGACAGAAAUGCUGCAGGACGAGAUAAUAGAGGCAACAGAGGUCCCGCAGCCAGAAGAUCGCAAUACAGAGUUUUAGUAACGAAUUUACCAUCAUCCGGUUCAUGGCAAGAUUUGAAAGAUCACAUGAGAGAGGCAGGUGAUGUAUGUUUUGCUGAUGUGUACAAAGAUGGUACCGGUGUUGUAGAAUUUUUGAGACUUGAGGAUAUGAAAUACGCUAUUAAAAAACUAGAUGAUAGUAGAUUUCGAUCACAUGAGGGUGAAGUAGCUUAUAUUCGUGUGCGCGAGGAUAGCAAUGAAAGGCGCGAUAUGACACGUUCACGCUCAAGAUCAUACUCCCCAAGAAGAGGAAGACGAGGAAGUCCAACUUAUUCGCCGGUCAAUCGUCGAGCAAGUUAUUCACGCAGCAGAUCUGGAUCAAGAAGAUCAUUCCAGGAUUACUAAUAAUUGAAUAUUCCAAAUAAUUAUCCUUAACUUCUGACGUCGGAUUCACAUAAACUGAAGGAAAGUAAAACUAACGUAUAAUCUUAGCUAUUUAGCGUAUAAUUUAAGAGAAUAAGAAGAUUAUUUAAAACUCUUUUUUUUAAAAUAUAUUAAAACUUAAAUCUUCUAGCUUAGAAUAAUUAUAUAAAAAAAAAUAUUUACUAGCUCACACGAGAAAUUUUAUAUUUAAGAUUACAAUGCAUAUUUCUAUCCGACAAAUAAAAAGAAAAUAGAGGAAAAAUAACGUUUCAAAUUUCAUACCUAGGUACAUCAGAAGGAUUCAUUAAGGAUUCAGGAUUAAAAACAGAAUUUUUUAAUGAAGACUCAAACUUCAGGAUCCAACACAAUAAUUCUGUACGUUUUAUUGUUUAAAUUUUUUUUAUUAUGUACAAAAAAUCCUCACUUAAUUUGAUAUAUUUAAUGAUACAUUAUGAUAAAAUUCUUGAGCUCGGAUGUUUGUUUUUGUUUUCACUUCUAUUUACUAAUUUUUCCGUUUAUUACUUUAUAUAUUUAUAUUUAAACAUAAGGAAUUUGGACACCGAUGGAUAUAAAAUGGAUUGUAUAGAAUAAGCUCAGUAAUAAUAGAAUAUUAUUGUACUUCAGAAAACAAAAAAAAAGUAAAGAAAUAAAAUAAUAGAAUCACUGAUUUACGUCUUAAGGACUUCGUGGGAUUAAAUGUGUUGCACAAGUCGCACAAAAUGGAUCCAUAUGGGAGUCAGUGAGUCAAACGUUGUAAGUAAAUAUUAUUUACUUAACAAACACAGGAACGAGUUAAAGAACAUGAAUAAUAAUUACGAUAAAAAUUGUAUGCACUUUGCUGUGAAAUAAACCAUA